AAUAAAACUUAGAGAAUCUGUGUACAAAGAACUUGAAGAAUUUAAAUACGUGGGUUUAUUAUUAACACAGUAGCAAAUAUAUCAAGGAAACACGCCCCAUGAAAAGUGUUUCAAAGAAACACACAUCUGCUCUGAGAAAGGUCUGUACCCAAUAAGUAAGCCCGAAGAGACUUGUUUGCUUGGUGAUGCCGGCAGAUAAGCCUGGCAAAGCUCGGUGUGAUUGAAGAAGCCAGUCUGAGACUCAGCCUAGCCCAGGCAAGCUACUGGACCCGGGCUCUGCUCAGCAAACCUCAACACAAUGGUGUUCACAUUUUGGAAAGUAUUUCUGAUCCUACACUGCCUUGCAGGUCAAGUUAGUGGAGUGCAAGUGACCAUCCCAGACAGUUUCGUGAAUGUAACUGUUGGAUCUGAUGUCACUCUCAUCUGCACCUACACCACCACCGUGGCCUCCCUGGACAAGCUUUCCAUCCAGUGGACAUUUUUCCAUAAGAAGGAGUUACAGCCAGUUUCGAUUUACUAUUCUGAAGGUGGACAAACUGCAGUCAACGGGCAAUUUAAAGAUCGAAUUGUAGGGUCCAACGCUCCAGGCAACGCAUCCAUCACUAUUUCGAAUAUGCAACCAGCAGAUAGUGGCAUCUACAUCUGCGAUGUUAACAACCCCCCGGACUUUUCUGGCAACAAUCAAGGCACCCUCAACGUCAAUGUGCUAGUCAAACCUUCUAAGCCCUUUUGCAGCAUCCAAGGAAUACCAGAAACUGGCCAUCCUGUAUCUCUUACUUGCCUCUCAGUGCUUGGAACACCUUCCCCUGUGUAUUACUGGCAUAAAGUUGAGGGAAGAGACAUCAUCCCAGUGAAAGAAAACUUCAACCCAGCCACCGGGAUUUUGUUUAUUGGAAAUCUGACCAAUUUUGAACAAGGUUAUUACCAGUGCACGGCUAUGAACAUCCUUGGGAAUAGUUCCUGUGAAAUUGAUCUAACUUCAUCACAUCCAGAAGUUGGAAUCAUCAUCGGGGCCUUGGUGGGUACCCUCGUAGGUGCUGCCAUUAUCACCUCUGUGGUGUGCUUUGCAAGGAGCAAGGCAAAGGGGAAGGAGAGGAAGAGAAAUUCUAAAACCACCGCAGAACUCGAACCAAUGACAAAGAUAAACCAAAGUACAGAGUGUGAGGCAGUGCCAAAUGAAGAUGUCAUCCACCUGGAAGAAACUCUGCCACCUUCCAUCCAUGAGGCUGAGCCUGAUACCACCCUGGGGCCAGAUCACGAGCCUAUCCCUGAGCCUGAGCCUGCUGCAGGGCCCAAGCUUGUCCCCGUGCCUGAGGUCGAGAUCCAGCUGGAGCCAGAGCCCAAGCCUCAGCAGGAGCCGGAGCCCGCGAUUGUAGUUGAGCCCUUGGGGGAUGAGGAAAAGGGGGCGAUGAAGCUGUAGGCCGGCAGCCUCAGUACAGUGUUCAUCACUAAGGAACCCAUUACUGGCAUUUGGAAUUCUGUUGACCUAACCAGUCUCCCACCACCUCCUUCCAUUCUGGCCAACCCUCUUCUAACAAGGUGCUCCAACCAUCAAUCCAAAUAGACAGGUCAAGAUAACUACUAAAUAAAUGCAAGGGUUCCUGCAUUACUAGUAUAGAGUACUUAAAAUUUGACUAACAUGUAAGCACAACUAAUAACAGAGCAAGUGAUUUUUAACUCAGUUGAAAGUGGUGUGCAACAACACCUGUGUCUUAUUUCAGAAAAUCGAAUUUCUCUAUUUUUAGCUACUCUUUGACACUGCACAUGCACACAUGACAAGGUGGCAUUCAUUGGAUUCAAUAUUACUUCUAGGAUUUGCUGUUGUCAGAGCUUCCCUAUUCAUUUCCACAUGACUACCAAGGAUUCACCUCCUAGAUUGGAAGAAAAUUCCUCAGAAAUUCCAGAAGAGAAAAGGGUGCCUAUUAUACUGGUACAAAGCAUUUAAAACUCGAUCUUAAAAUGAAUGCUUCACUUAGAUUUCCCAAGGAACCACCCUGCUAUCCAGCAUCUGAGCACAACAAAUUUUUGAAAAUAACUCAGUUUUCAAAUGUAAAAUAAUGUACAGGCAAACAAUUCCAAAUACAGUUUUCCCUCAGUGAAUACCAAAUGUUGAUAUAACAGGUGAUGUACAGUUUCGUUGUGAAUGAGAAACCGUGCUAAAUGAACAAUUAAAUUCUCUUUUAGAUAAUUUGAACUAAUUAUUGAAUCUCUUUUACUCUUGGGAGAGUCCACAUUAAUAAAGAGAUCUCAUUCUUCUAUAAAUGCCUAGUAUUAAUGAAAAUGCAUUGAUAGCACCUCUCCAACCUGUUGAGAAGCUUUUCUAUGGAUUAUAUUCACUCACAUCCCACUUUAAAGAAAUUUUCAGGUAGACCUUUUCAUUUGUGUAAUCAAUGAGAUUUUAAAUCUUAAGUUUUCAAUAAGUAAUACUCAAUAAAAUUCAUAUUUUAAUGAUCCUA